AUGUCAGAAAAUUUAACUUUUUUUGUUCCAUAUCAUACUGGAUAUGCUCAUGCUGAAUUAAUUCGUUCAUUUUCAUCAUAUACAGAUGUUCAUCUAUUUAUCUAUAAAUGGAAUCCAGCACGUGAACGUAUAAAAAAAUAUUUUUCUGAUCUUAAACAAAUUCAUAUGUAUGAAUUUAGUAUUGAUAAUAUUAUAUCUCAAUUAAUUAAAGAAAAACAUCGAAAAAUUGUUAUUCUUUUAACAGCAUCAACAAAUUAUUUAUUUGGACAAAUACAAUUACGUUUAUUUCGUUUAAUUCAACAAUAUAUUUCAUCAAUUAUUGAUGUUUAUCCUGUUGGACAUUGUAUGUAUGGAUGUCAAAGUUGUAUUUAUGCUUAUACACAUUGUUUACCAAUUACAUUUACAAAUUAUAUUCAAACAAAAGAUGAAAAAUUAUUAUUAGAAAAAGAUUUUGAAAUUCUUAUUUGUCCAAGUUAUUCAUUUGAAAGUGCACCAUUUAGUCUUUUAUCAAAUUCUGAUAUAAUUGAAUAUAUAUUAACAUUAAAAUAUUCUCAUUUGAUUAAAUUACAUCCAUUAGCAUAUGAAUAUAAGGAUAAUAAUAAUAAUCAUCCAUUUUUAUCUUUAACUGAUUUAGAAAAAAAACAUGUUGAAUUAUUAUUUCAAUCAAAAAAUCUUCUAUUAAAUGAACAAAUAAAUACAUUAAAAUUAAUUGAACAUACACGUAUAAUUAUAUGUGAUUCAAAUUCUUCAAUACCAUUUGAAACACUUUAUUUUCAAGAUAAUAAAUAUAUAUUUGUUUAUGAAACAAUCGAUGAUUAUGAUGAACAAGAUGAUCGAGAAAAAUAUUUUCAUAAAUUUUCAAAUGUUGAACAAUUAAAAUUAUUAUUUGAAAAUUAUUAUAAUCAUCAACUUGAAUGUAAAACAGAAAAUAGUCAUGAGUUUUUUUUAGAAAAAUAUGAUGAACCAAAUGGAAAUGAAAUUGAAAAAUUAGUUCAUAUACGUCAAUGGAUAAUAAUAGAUAAACAAAAUAAUCAAGAAGAAUCUUUUGAUAUAGAUACAAUUAAACAAACAAUUCAUAAUGAAUUUAAAUCAAUCUCAACACCAAUGACUUUAUAUACAUUAGGCGAACUUUCAAUGUCAGAAAUAGAACAAAGUUUUUUUAGUGAUGAAAAUCAAUUAUUUGAUAUUAUGCAAAAUAAUGUUAAUGAACUUUAA